CUCUCCCUCCCUCUCUCUUUGCCCUCCCCCCUCCUCCUCCUCCACAUAUGUCUACAGUCCCUCUGUAGCAAUGUCCACGAAACUGUUAAGGUUUCUCCCGCGGUUUUUCCGCGGCAAUAAAGACAAGGAGAAGUUGUCUGGUCACAACAAAUAUUGCCAAUAUGUCGAGGACGGAAUCAAAGCUGGAGACUACGUCUGUCGAGUAAUACUUUUGGACGACAAAGAAACCAAUUUAGCAGUAAAGCCAUCAGCCAGGGCCAAUUGUCUGCUGAGGAAAGUCUUUGACCAUGUCAAUCUAUUAGAAAGGGACUACUUUGGUUUGAGAUUCCUGGAUCAGAAUAACCAAUCGCAUUGGCUGGAUUCCAAUAAGACUAUUUCUUCUCAAUUAAAAGGGUCCACAUCCUUCACGCUGUAUUUUGUGGUGAAGUUCUAUGCAGCAGAUCCUUGCAAAUUACGUGAAGAAAUAACAAGAUAUUACUUCUUUCUCCAAAUCAAAAGAGACAUCUAUGAUGGACGUCUACCUGUCACGUUUGAAGAACUCAUUGAAUUGGCAGCUUACAUCCUACAGUCUGAACUCGGUGACUACAACCCUAAGAUACACACCGAAGGUUAUGUUUCUGAAUUCCGUUUUAUACAGCACCAGUCCAUGGAACAUGAGCAAGCCAUUGCUGUUUUGCACCGAAGACUUGUGGGUCAAGUUCCUGCUGUGGCAGAAUACAGAUUCUUGGAGAAAGCCAAAUGGUUAGAAAUGUAUGGCGUUGAUCUUCAUCCUGUGAAGGGUGAAAGCAACAUGGAGUACAUGCUUGGAAUUACACCAGCCGGAAUUAUUUUGCACAAGAACAAAAAUAAGGUUGGGAACUAUUUCUGGCCAAGAAUUACCAAAGUGCGUUUCAAAGACAAAAUAUUUUCCAUUAAGGUCAAAGACAGAAAUUGUGAUGAACAUUGGUAUGCAUUUGAAUCCAACAACAAAGUGGCCUGUAAACAUUUAUGGAGAUGCUGUGUGGAACACCACGCAUUCUUUAGUGGAAGAACGGAACGUAUGAUGAAAGAAAACCAAAGAUUCCGGGACCAACCAGAAGUGAUCAGAGUUGCCAGUAAGAAGCAUCAAAGACGGUCCCAUUCCGACCCCAAAAUUAGUGUUAGUUGCUAUGGUGAUCAAGUUGCAAAACUGCCUCUAUCCACCACGAUUAGUCCUGAAGCUAUUAGAAUGCCACGUCUAAGGAGUUUACCAGAACUCCCUGGUAAAGACUCACCACGAAGUACCAGAUCGUAUCCUUGGGAAUCAAGUUCUGCUGGGGGUCUUUACACAUCUGGAAAGGAUUCACCAAUGUCUACAAAGAGUGACAAACUAAAGUUUCAGGUACAGCGCCGUGCUAUGUCAGGCAGUGACAGCGAACAGAACUAUAAGAAACGGUACACAUCGAAUAAAAAAGGAUCUGACAAUGAAAGUGAAAAGUCCGGUACAACAAGACGGCACAGGAAAGAAAUGACCAGCAACAGUGAUUCUGAUGUAUCUUGUCGUAGACCUCCCUUAUACCCAUCCCGAGGUGGACUUAGUUCAGGUGACAAUUCACGGCCAUCAACAGUCAGAGAAGAUACCGUCUCUCCAAGUCAUUCUUCUACAACUGUUGGCGGAGGUGGAGUUGGUGCUGCAGCUGAUGGGCUCCAGAAACGGAGAAGACGAAGACGAAGUAAAUCUCCAAACAGACGUCCUCCUGAAGAACUAAAAAACCAUUUUGUCUACAACUUGAUUGAGACUGAAGAUUGGCCUGAAGAUCAACUGAGGGAAAUUCCUUACACAAAAGUAGAGACAAAGAGCCAACCUUUCCGAAUCAAACAUUCUCCAAAAUCAAAGCAUUAUGCCAAAUCCAGGAGUCGCAGCUGUGGAGACAAAAUCGGUUCUCGGAAUCCCCAGUCAUCCAUUCACGGACUUGAGGAAGAGGAAGAAGAAGUAGAAGGACUGGGUGAAACAAACGAUGGCAAUUUGUCCCCCUAUAGUAGACAUUCUAAGGAGACAUCUCCCCCGCCUCCAGCAUACAGUUCCUUAAAUGAACCAGUGAGCAUCAGAAAAGACCAGGUGAAAGCUACUCCUGUGAAUGUAUCUUCUAAUUACAGAUACCAAACUACUGAAACGGUGGAACCUUCCCCUACUAUCACACAAGACCCAUCAAUGAGUCAUAAGACUUCCUCUUCCUCCAGACAUACCAGAUCUGCCGUUCCCGUUGGAACUCCAGAAUCCAGAAGACCAAGAUCCCAUAAUGAACAUGUGACUAGAAUUUCUUAUUGCUCAGAGCCUGGAGCAGAGAGUGACACUCCAGGACAUCACGCAAGUAGACAUGGGCUGGAAGGUGACACUCCUGGACACCACACCAGUAGGCAUGGAGUGGACAGCGACACUCCAGGGCAACACUCCAGCAGACAUGGAGUGGACAGUGACACUCCUGGGCAUCACUCCAAACGUGCAGAGAGUGAUCAUUCUGGCCACAGACAUCAUAGACAUGACCGGUCAUCUAACUGGCAGAGUCCAACAACCACAGACAGUCCUACAUCUGGCUCUUACACACCGGUGCACUCAGGACGACGGGCAUACAACCAACAUGAAGAUAGUGACUAUGGUAGCUAUACACCAGUCCACCGGUCAAGACACACCCAUCAUUACUCACGGACAGACAGGACACCUGAGCAAGGUGGAAACUAUCGACCAUCACAUAGAUCUCGACACAGCGACACGCGUAGUGGUGGCAGCAGUUCUCAUUCUCAUCAACAUAGAUCGGGUUCCCAUGGUGAUCGGGAAGGUCACUCGAGGUCACGACCUAGUUCCCAUGUUGACAGAGAAAGUCAUUCUUCCUCCAGGUCACGACACAGUCGAACUCCAGAAGAUAAUGAUCCAGGACGGCCACCUAUGAAUAAAGAUUUAAAUUUAACAGUUGUCUUCCAUGAAGGACAGACCAAUGAAGAAGCUACGGAACUGUAAACUCAGGAAGGUGUUAUAGACCCCACCUCUUCCCAGUCAGUACAGAACGACCCUCUCUCCUAAUCAAUGAUGCAGACCAUACCCUUGGUCAAUACAGUUCCUGUAAAAUAUCCCAGAUGUAAAUGGAAUUAUAAUACAAGGCUAAGAAAACUAAUACAGACCACAACUGCAAUCUCAAUAUAAGUGAUACUCUUAAACAGAGGCCACACCCUAAUCAUUGCAGGCCACACCCUCUCAUCUAGUUACUUGAGACCACACCCUCAAUCAAUACAGACUGCACUUUCAAUCAACAUGGGCCAUGUCCUCUCAUCUAAUCAAGACUAUACAUGCCCACUCAACACAGGCCAUACCUCCAAUCACCACA